UUUGUUUACAUUUCUUCAUUAGCAAUACAGAAAUGUAUACUUUUUUUUUUCCAAUGUGAUGCAAACCAUGGGUCAGGUGAAGCAAUCUGUUUUAUCUAGAACUAAGUCUGUCAUAAACAGUAAUUUACCCAGUAAUUAUUUCACAUGGACAAAGAAUGUCCUAAAUGUGUUCGUAACUCGAAUUUCCAGUGUAUUUUAUCAUCAAACUAGUCAGAGUCUUACUUUUGAAAUGCAACACUGUACAAGUACAACUAAAAGUAAAGGCACUAAAGCCACUAAAGGUAAUCACUUUCUGAUUGUAGGCCUUGGUAACUAUGGCUUUGACAAAACACGACACAGUGUUGGUAUGAGAGCUGUGGAAAUUCUGGCCAAGAAGCUUGAUGUUAAGUGGGAACACCAUCAUGGGUUUAUUGGCUCUAUCAAGCUGGAUGAUAUCUACCUCACUUUGUUUAAACCUAAAGCUUUAAUGAACAUCAAUGGACGAAGUGUUGCUAAAAUAGCUCACCAACUGUCAGUAAAGUCUAAUUGCAUCUAUCUCAUCCAUGAUGAACUGGAUCGUGUCCCUGGAAAAUUUCAUUUGAAAGAAGGGGGCAGUGCUGGGGGACAUAAUGGUGUACUAUCAUGCAUGGAAACCCUCGGAUCUAAGGACAUGAUGCGGUUAAGGAUUGGAAUAGGCAGACCUAGUAGCAAGGCCCUUGUGGUACCCCAUGUUUUAGGCCAGUUUUCCAAGGAAGAAUCCUCUCUUGUUGAACUCUCCAUAAACCAGGGAUUGCAAUGUCUUUUAGAUCAUAUCAAGAAAAGGUCGGCCUCUGUGACUCAUCAGGUUGAAAGUGGCUCCCCAACAGCAGCACCAGACCCAACUGUAGCUAAAAGAGAUGGUGCUAAAAAUAGUUCACCAUCAGAAGACACUUUACAAGCAAAAGAUCCAACUCCAAGCACAAAUGACUGUUUACAUUCAGAGCAUGAUAAAUCUAGUUAUUGGGUUGUGGACAGACAGAAAAAUAUAGAAGUGGGUGAAAGUAAAUGUGCUAACUCAGAAAUAACUCCAGAAAGAUGAUAUUCUUUGUUUUAGUUUGUUUGUUGUUUCUGUUUAAAUAUUAUUAAGUACAGGUCACAUGCUGUUUUCUCUCCUUAGUCUUGUAAAAUGUUUUGUUUUUUUAUUAUUUAAUUGUUGGAGACGCAGUGGCUGACUAGUAAAGCCUAGGGGUCCCAGGUUCAAAUCCUGGGAUUUUUCAUUUUGGGAUCCUGCAUUAGUUAGAGAAAAGUAAAGGUAGUUGGUCUUUGUGCUGGCCACAUGACACCCUCAUUAACCAUGGGUCACAGAAACAGAUGACUUUACAUCAUCUGCGCUGUAGAUUGCAAAAUCUGAAAGGGGGAGUAAAUAUUUAUUUAAUCUUUUGGACAUAAAUAUGCUGCAAAAGAGGGAUGAUUGUCUAAUAAAGUCAUAUUACUACAGAGGGCUAAAAUACUAACUAGCAGUCAAGUUACUAGAUGUGAAGAAGCCAAGUGCAUUUAUGCAUUCUACCAUGCACUUAUAUUUAUGUGUGCCAGAUCAUUGUCUUAAACACAUGGCUGCAUUUUUAUAUUUAAACGUUUGGAGUGAGCUUGAUACAAUGAUUGAAGUUAAAUGCCUAGAUCUAGACCUACUAGAUAGAUCUAGAUUUAUAUAGAGAGAAUAUAGAGGAUUCAGCUAUUUAGGCAAAAAUGGCCUUCUUAGCCUGUACUUUAUUAUUAAAUGUAUUAAAUGAAUAAACAAAAAACAGAAACACACAUCUAAUCAUGCAAACAUACAAUAAAUCUAAAAGUCAGUGACCUAAUUUUGGUUAAAUAAGUGUGUUCAUAUUUUUAUUUUUUUGUGUUCGUAUUUAUGCAUAAUGUGAAAACAUCUUAAUAAUUUCAUGUGAGGGGCUAUGCCUAAGGAUCUUAAAAUUUAGUUAAUGUUAAUAUAGAAUUAAAAUCUGAGUUUAUUGAUGUCAAAAUAUAUAGACUGUCUGAAAUAAAUUAUGGUGUCUGGAAUCAAA